AUGCCAGGGGUCGGAUCCGCAACUCUGGCGCGGGGCUGGGGCACGAUUUGUCGGCGGGGAUCCAGUCGGCGUUCGUCGGCUUCGUGGUUCGUGCUCUUCAUCGCCGGCUGCCGCCGCGCGCGCCGCCUCGCGCUACUUUUCGUCGACGCCGCGGGACUCGCCACCCCGGACGACCAUAACCGCCACCACGCCGCCUACGCGAUGCCGCCCGGGAGGAAUCAGCAGCAGCCCACGGCGCAGCCGCAGAGGGCGGCCCAGCCGAGGCGCUGCGCGCAGUGCGGCGUCGCCAGCAACAAGAUGUGCGGCUUGUGCAGGCGUAUGAAAUACUGUUCUCGAGAAUGCCAGUUAAAGCAUUGGCAUUCUGACCACAAAUUCAAGUGCGAGCAAAUGAGAUUAUUGGAUCCUGUUGAGAACUUACCCUGUGGAGUUGAGGCCAACGGUAAGAACAAUGAGAAGAGGAAACAGAGGAGCAAUGAUUGUUAUCCACCCAACAAGAGGUCAAAGAAUUCAUCAUCUCUGAUGUUUGACACAGAGCAAGUCCAAGUCAAUGGUACUGGUGAUGAGGAUGGUCGAAGUCCCACACCAAGCUCGGCGGCGCCCACCAGAAACAGUCCGUUGGAGAGGAAGGCUGAGAAGGAGCUGAGAAAAGGAGGACAUGGUGUUGUGUUCCAGUCCGGGGUCCAAGAGAUGAUCACUGUAAAAAAGGAGAUGGAGGUAGAGAAAAAGCAAGAGAAGGGAUCAAGGGGGAUGGAGGUCAAGGCCAUGGAGGAGCGCAAGGUGGCAAUUGAAGAAGAGAAGUUGAGAGUCCUUAGAGAGGAAAUGUGCCUAAAGAAGAUGGAGCAAGAAUAUAAGAUCAUGUUCAUGGACAUCAGUGCGCUCAGUGAAACACAAAGAAAGUAUGUGGAACUAAUGCGUGCGCGGAUUCUAGCAUCAAGGAUGGGAGCGGGUGCUAUUCGGAGUAGAAAUGGGACUGAGUGAUGCUCUACGUUUGAUCCCUGUUUCAUGUUGAAGCCAUUGUUUCAUGUUUGAAUUUGAAUUGCAGAAUUAUGGAUUUUAAAUUAUGUUGAAUUGUUUA